UGCUGCUCCCAGCCCAGGCCUCUUGGAGCCAGAGGCUUCUGCGAGGAGCCAGCAUGGCCUCCACAUCGGUGAUCCUCACCCGGGAAGGCACGGCGGGACCCUCUGCCACCUAUUCGUAUUGCAACCGUCCCAGGGCGUUGCCGGGCAGGCAGAAGUACCGCUCCUCCAUCGAUGCCAACGAGACAGAAGAGGAGGCCUAUCACUAUGCCAACCUCAUGUACGAGAGGCGAGUUGUUCGGGGCAAUACCUAUGCUCUUCACAUCCUACCAUGGAGCAGCGAACCCGAUCCUCUGGAGCUUCAAAGGCAGCGGGAAGCCCAAAGGAAAGCAUUGGCCAGGAGGAGAGCUAGGGAUCAGCUUCGGACGAGAACACCAGAGCCUUUAGAAGGCAGGAGGCAUGUCGACGUUCAGACAGAACUGUACCUGGAAGAGCUUGCCGAUCGUAUCAUCGAAGUGGACAUGGAAUGCCAAACAGACGCCUUUCUGGACAGGCCGGCAACGCCUCUGUUCAUCCCCGCGAAGACCGGCAGAGAUGUGGCCACCCAGAUCUGGGAAGGAGAUCUUUUCGAUUUUGAUAUUGAAGUGAGGCCAAUGCUGGAGGUGUUGGUCGGCAAGACCAUCGAGCAAGCGUUGCUGGAAGUCAUGGAGGAAGAGGAACUCGCCGACCUGCGAGCGCAUCAGUACGCAUACCAUGAGCUGCGCUGUGCGGAACUCGCUGAGGUCCAGCGUCUUGAAGAGCAAGAGCGGCGGCACAGAGAGGAAAAGGAGCGUCGUAAAAAGCAGCAGCUGGAAUUCCUUCAGAGGGAGAAAGAAACCUCGGAGAAGAUCGCGGCUCGGGCGUUUGCUCAACGCUACCUGUCGGACCUCAUUCCUUCCGUCUUCGGCAGCCUCCGGGACAGUGGAUAUUUCUAUGACCCAGUGGAGAGAGACAUCGAGACAGGCUUCUUCCCGGGGAUGCUGUCAGAGGUAGAAGAGAUAAUGGAAAACCGGGUUCUGGGCAGAACAAUAGCUGACAACUUAAUCCGAGACACGGUGGAAAUGAGGCUAGACUGUUACGAGAAAAAAGUGUUGCCGGUACGGCCAGAGGUUGUCUUACCUCCCGCCCCAGAAUAUGUGAUGAUUCCUUCCAAGGAAUUAUUGUUCGGCUCGACCCCGGUUCCACAGGAAGUCAUGGAACAGCUGGAAGCCCUUGGCCAACUGGAACCCUUGGAUCAGCUAGAUGUUUCCAGCCAAUUGGAAGCCUUGGAAAAGCUGGAAGCUCCUGACCAACCCGAAGCCUCGGAACAGCCACCAAUUUCUGACCAGCCGGAAGUCCCAGCCCCAGAUCAGCCAGAAUCCGCUCCAGAUCAGGAAAAAACAGCAGAGGAGCCGGAAUCCAAGGAGCCACAGUGAUGACUAAAUGAAUCAGGGAUCCCUUGCCUAGAGGAGGUCGCACCAACGCAUUUGUGCCAGCCGACAAAAUGCUGAAUUUAAUUGGUCCUGGUGCAAGCAAUAAAUAGAAAGCUGCGGUUUUUCAAAAAUACGUGCGAGGUCUAUGCUCUUAUUAGCCCCCCCCCCCCAAACUCGGCACUAAGAAACAUCCCACUAGUUUUCAACGAAUUCCUCUUCUUUUUAAAUUUGUGCAUGUUUCCAUUAAUUGUUCGCAAGUUAAAUGUCCCUAAAUAAAUCCCAGACGGCAUCUGGUAGAAGUUUGUUGUUAUUUAAGUUCUGUUGAAGUCAGCUAAACUUGUUGAGUGGGUUCGAUUUCAAUGGGACUAGAAGUGGUGACAAAGUUCUGCCAGAUCUGUGUGUUGACGUUUAGAAAGUUUUUUAGCAAUCUUUGCAUUGUUUAACCAUAGUUAUUUGCAUUAUAACCAUAGUAUCUGUGUUAUUUGACCAUAAAAUGUGCUUUGUUAUUUUCUGGAGAAUGUUUGUGUGUAUGUGCAUGCAUAUAUAUACAUAUAUAUCAUGCAUAUAUAUACAUAUAUAUUUAGAAAGCUUAGGAUAAUUUCAUUUUUACCUAGUUGCCUUAUAAGUCUGAUUUAUUCAUGACUUCAGCAAAAAGGAGGUUUUUCUUUUAAUGUUAUUUUCCUAGUACAAAAGAAAUCAUCGUGGAGAUAAAUAGAUUGGUUGUUGUUGUUGUUGUUGUUGUUCUUGUUGUUGUCCCCCCCCCUAAUCUCCCACCUCUGAACCUGUUCAAUUAUUUCGUUUCAAAUGUUUCUCUUCGGAAAGCACUGUUUGUGUUUUAUCCCAUAAAGCAUUGCCGUUCAGUCGUAUUCUUAAAUAACUUUAAUGCCUUUCCAUGUUUGUGUUUUACCUAUGAUUGUAUCUAUCAUUUUUAGAUUAAUUUGGUUUUUAUGCAAUGGUAUUAUAUGUAGGAUUUUUUUGGGGUGUGUGUGAAUUGACCAAGAGCUCAUCCAGACCUGUACUUGUGCCGUGUCUAGAAAGCCCAGUUUUCUGCUUGUCCCACCUGCCCUGCAUCAAUAAAUCAGAGCAAACAUCAGCCCAACCCUACCCAAGUGAUGUGUGCUCUGAUUCAGCAGUAAAGUUUGGGUUUCCCCGGGGGAAAGUGUCAAAUAUCAAAUGUGGAUGAGCCCAAAGACAGCAAAAUCUCCCAUCCUUUAAUUUUUCUUCUCCUCGUACAAAACGAAUCAUUGAAGAGGCAGAGAAUGGCUGAUAUUUGCGUCCCCUUCCUCCGUUCUAAGGAUGCCCACCGCUUGUCUCCAGCAGAGCUCUACUCAGAACGAACCUGCCGAAAUGAAACGGAUCCGACCCAUUUUAUUUCGCCGGGGGGGGGGGGUUGACUCUGAAUAUGACCACUGCUGGAUACAACCCCGUGCAUUUAGUUGGAAAAAAAAUUCUGCUCCCUUUUAACGCGAUUUCUUAGGAGACAUCCUGUUUAAGAAAUGGGGGCAUUUAUCCUUUCUCCUCCUCCCUGUCUAUCCCCCACCCCCCAAUUUAGCACUGCCCUUUGGAGCACCAAUAAAUAUGGGGAUGGGGGUGGAAAACAGGCUUGUGCGAUUGCAGCUCUGAGCUCCCCGUAUAACCUACAUAUGGCGGCUCCUAAAUGGCAGGGCAUCAGAUGCAAUGCUAAAAGUCGCCGACAGCUGCUACCGCCUCCUCUAAGGGAAGGAUGCCCAUAGCCAGUGGGCUCUGGCAGGUGGUGUGGGACUCUUCUUUCCCCUAACCCCCCUCCCUGCCCCUUUGCCGCUCUCACCUCUCCUUCCUCUUUCUGGGGUACAAAGGGUCCAGCGGUCAAGGUUUCUUGGUUUACCAGUUGCUGUGACCCAAACUCCCUCUUCAAGGGAGAGGCAGUGGCAACGGAACAGGGAUCUAUCCGGACCCAUCAACCCUGUCCCAAACGCUUGCCAUACUUUUAAAUAACAGAGAAAGCUCUCUGGUGUCACGAAGUUCGAUGCGACGAAUGUUUAACGGUCUGCUUAUUGUUGAGGCGGGCGAUCUGGCUGUUCAGAAAAAGCACACAGAUGUCUCCGGUCUAUGCUCAGACUGCAUGCUUUUCCAAAGCAAGGAAGGAGACGCAAUCUCGCCUCCUCUCUGAGUGGCUGGAUUUCCAAAGGCAGGGAGCUGUUUUCUCUUCCCUUACACCAGGCCUCGGGAACCUGUGGCCCUCCGGGGAGAGGCUGCGGGACUCCAAUUCCCAUCAGCCCCAGCCAACGUGGCCCAUUGAGAAUGUAAUCCAGAGAUAUCUGUUGGGCCACAGAUUCCCUGCGCACGACUAUUAUUGUGAGCUUUUUCCAAACGCAUAGAUCAGCUCUGGAAACGUACGCAAUGUCAAAUCUGUUUUCCUCUUACCUGCUGCACCCCACCCCACCCCACCCCCAAAAAAGCAUUUUGUGUGAACUGAAAAUAAAGAGGAUACCACAAAGUGA